CCAUAAUCUUAUCAUCAGGAUGAAGACUAUUGGAUAGACGCGGGAACGUUAGAGGCUCCCGUUUCAUUGUCUUUUCCCUAAGUAUAAGCUACCAUGUCAUCUGGAUAACAUCCUCACAUACAGGUGGCAGGUUGCUUAAGAGGGCCGUGUUGGAGCCUUGUGACAGGCCAAUUGCAGUAGCAGUGAAACUGAAUGUUGUGUGAUCAAUACGGACAAAUUGGGUCUGACCAGAUAGGUAUGACAUAAUCCAACCUAGAGUAUCUGUCGAUAGUUUAAAAGUUGUUAAUUUUAAAAGUAACGUGGGGUGACUGACAGUAUCGAAUACUUUGCGGAUGUCUAAGAAUAUUGCUCCAACUACACCUCCAUUGUCAAGGUUUUGUUUUAUUGUUUCUACUAGAAGACAACAUGCAGUUUCGGUCAAGUGAUUUGCCCGAAACCCCAAACUGGGAUGUACAAAACCCAAAACCAGUGAAGUUGGCAUGUUGUGUAAUUCGUAGAUAAAAACAGAAUACAAUGAUUUGCAAAUCCUUUUCAACUGAAUAGACUGCUAAAACUAGAUACUUUUAAUGUUCGAACUGGGAAACUUUUUUUUUUUGCAAAUAAUCAUUAACUUAGAAUUUAAUGGAAGCAACACAUUGCAAAAAAAGUUGGCACCAGGAGCAUUUUUACCACUGUGUUACAUGGCCUUUCCUUUUAACAACACUCAGUUAAUGUUUGGAAACUGAGGAGACCAAUUUUUUAAGCUUUUCAGGUGGAAUUCUUUCCCAUUCUUGCCUGAUGUACAUCUUAAGUUGUUCAGUUGUGGUAUUUUAGGCUUCAUAUUGCGCCACAUAUUUUUAAAGGGAGACGGGUCUGGACUGCAGGCAGGCCAGUCUAGUACCAGCACUCUUUUACUAUGAAGCCACGCUGUUGUAGCUCUUGGCUUGGCAUUGUCUUACUGAAAUAAGCAUGAUAACGUUGCUUGGAUGGCAACAAAUGUUGCUCCUAAACCUGUAUGUACCUUUCAGCUUUAAUGGUGCCUUCACAGAUGUGUAAGUUACCCAUGCUUUGGGCACAAACACACCCCCAUACCAUCACAGAUGCUGGCUUUUGAACUUUGCGCCUACAACAAUCCAGAUGGUUCUUUUCCUCUUUGUUCCGGAGGACACGACGUCCACAGUUUCCAAAAACAAUUUGAAAUGUGGACAGAACACUUUUCCACUUUGUAUCAGUCCAUCUUAGAUGAGCUCGUGCCAAGCGAAGUCGACUGCGUUUCUGGGUGUUGUUGAUAAAUGGCUUUCGCUUUGAAUAGUAGAGUUUUAACUUAAAGAUGUAGCAACGAACUGUAGUUACUGACAGUGGUUUUCUGAAGUGUUCCUAAGCCCAUGUGGUGAUAUCCUUUACACGCCGAUGUCCCUUUUUGAUGCAGUACCGCCUAAGGGAUCCAAGGUCCGUAUUAUAAUCGCUCACGUGCAGUGAAUUCUCCAACUUCUCUGAACCUUUUGAUGAUAUUACGGACCGUAGAUGUUGAAAUCCCUAAAUUCCUUGCAAUAGCUUGUUGAGAAAUGUUGUUCUUAAACUGUGCGAGUGUGAAGCGACCGGAAUGAGAAUCAGCACUUCCAAGUCCGAGUCCAUGGUUCUGGCCCAGAAAAGGGUGGAAUGCGAGGAGGAGACCCUGCCCCAAGUGGAGGAGUUCAAGUACCUAGGAGUCUUGUUCACGAGUGAGGGAAGAGUGGAUCGUGAAAUCGACAGGCGGAUCGGUGUGGCGUCUUCAGUAAUGCGGACGUUGUACCGAUCUGUUGUGGUGAAGAAGGAGCUCUCAAUUUACAGGUCGAUCUACGUUCCCAUCCUCACCUAUGGUCAUAAGCUUUGGGUCAUGACCAAAACGAUAAGAUCACGGGUACAAGCGGCUGAAAUUAGUUUCCUCCGUCAUGUGGCGGGUCUCUCAUUUAGAGAUAGGGUGAGAAGCUCUGUCGUCCAGGAGGAACUCAAAGUAAAGCCGCUGCUCCUCCACAUCGAGAGGAGCCAGAUGAGGUGGUUCGGGCAUCUGGUCAGGAUGCCACCCGAACGCCUCCCUACGGAGGUGUUUAGGGCACGUCCAACCGGUAGGAGACCACGGGGAAGACCCAGGACAUGUUGGGAAGACUAUGUCUCCCGGCUGGUCUGGGAACGCCUCAGGAUCCCCCGGGAAGAGCUAUACGAGGUGGCUGGGGGGAGGGAAGUCUGGGCUUCCCUGCUUAGGCUGCUGCCCCCGCGACCUGACCUCGGAUAAGCGGAAGAAGAUGGAUGGAUGGAGUGGACUGAUGAACAUUAUCACAUCAUUUAUUCCGAAAGUAUAAAUAACGAGUAGAGAUGUCUGAUAAUGGCUUUUUUUUGCCAAUAUCCGAUAUUCCGAUAUUGUCCAACUCUUAAUUAUCGAUUUUGACAUCAAUACAGUUGUGGAAUUAACACAUUAUUAUGUCUAAUUUUGUUGGGAAAUCUGAAGUUGUCUUUGUUUUUAAGUUAUCGUGGCGUGAUUUUACCAAUCCGGCCCACUUGGGAGUAGAUUUUUCUCCAUGUGGCCCCCCAUCUAAAAUGAGUUGGACACCCCUGCUAUUGAGUCUCCUCUUUUUAAUCAGGCAGUAGCACAGACGCCCACACGCACAGCCGCAGACAGGUGUGUGUUCGCGGUUAAAGAGGUGCGAUGCUGGAAGGAUGAAGAUGGCCCUGACAGGAGGAGUGUUUCUUCUCUGCUGGCUGCUUCAAGCUGAGUCGUCCUCUGGCGACCAAAAGCUGCCACUCCACUUUCGACCACGCCCUCCUCCUGCGCACACUCAGCUGGACUCCAACCUGCAGCAGGAACCUCACCACCUUCAACAUCAUAAUCAUCAUCGUCAUCAUCCCCAUGUUGACGACGUGCACGUGGAGCAUGCCACUGUGUCUGCACACCACUUGGUUACCAUGUUUUUGGCCGUGGACGUCAAGAGGCUCAACACUGGCCUUCUUGCUAAAUUUCGGGGGGGCGUGGCAGCGGCAUUGGGCGUUCCCAUCGGACGCGUUCACAUCAACCGUCUGAAUGAAGAGAAGAACGGCGUGGAGCUCUUUGUGUCGUCUGAUAGGCCGGACAUUUCCGAGCCUCGCGCGGCCGAGGAGGUCGUCCGGGCGCUGAAUGUCCGGGUCCUUCAUCGGCACUUGGCGCACUUUGGCAUCACUGAAGUCUCAACAGAGAAGAACAUCCUGCAGGGUGAGCCGCGUGACCACGUGUUGACGGAAGAAAAUUACUACGCCGCCGUCCUCUUCCUCGCUGUCUUCAUCAUCUUCAUCACCUGCUUGAUGGUGUUGUUUGGCUUGAAGGAGAAAACCUCUUCUGAACAACUCAAAGCUCCCCCUCUUUACUUUUACUUUACCCCUAAGGUCACGCCUGACUGUGCUCAUAGGUCAAAGGUCAACAAGGCUGUGACCUUGGGGAGCAUGGUCCAAACGAAGGGGUCUUUUGCCACGCCCACUCUCCAGCAGCAGCCAAUCACAGUUUUCCCUCCGUCCAGCCCCGCCCCGGUGCUUUUCAUCAACAACAUUGACCCCCCUCCCCCGGUCAGCGUUGCCCCGGUAAUUAAUGAGCUGAAAACCUGCCCCUCCCCCUUCAGGAUGAAACCUGCCUCAGGACUACAAGAGAGGCGCGGCUCCAACGUUUCGCUGGUGUUGGACAUGUCGGCACUCGCCUCGGUGGAGCCUCUCGACGUUGCCGUGGUAACACCCAGGGAGACGGCCGCCCGCGAGUACCUGCUCGCCGCCAGCCGGCCGCUCACACCGCAGCAGCUCCGUGACAUCAUCGAUGACACACAGAGGCUGCACGCCGAGUUCUCUGAGAUCCCGAUGAACUUCACCGACCCAAAACAGCUAGACAUUUCCAACUACGGGACCAAGAAUCGAUACAAGACCAUCCUGCCAAACCCUCACACCAGAGUUCACCUGCAUUCCAGAGGAAGUGCCGACCCGCUGAGCUCCUACAUCAACGCCAACUACGUGCGGGGUUACCGUGGCAACGAGAAGGCCUUCAUCGCGACGCAAGGCCCCAUGGUCAACACGGUGGAUGACUUCUGGCUGAUGGCGUGGCAGGAGGCGGCGCCCGCCAUCGUCAUGAUCACCAAGCUCAAGGAGAAGAAGGAGAAGUGUGUCCUCUACUGGCCUGAGAGGCGGGGAAUCUACGGGAAGGUAGAAGUGGCGGUCGCCGGUGUGCGAAAGAGUGAAAACUACACAGCUCGCCGCCUCUCACUCAAGUAUAAGGAUCGAACCCACGUGCUGCAGCACUACUGGUUCACGUCGUGGCCCGACCACAAGACGCCCGACUCGGCUGUGCCCCUGCUGCAGCUGUUGGAUGACGUGGAGGCGGAGCGGCGGGCAACAUCCCCCGCGGGACCCAUCAUAGUCCACUGCAGUGCCGGGAUCGGACGUACAGGCUGCUUCAUCGCUGCCGCCAUCGGCUGCCGGCAGCUGGAGGCGGAGGACGCGGUGGACCUGUUGGGCAUCGUGUGCCAGCUCCGGAUGGACAGGGGCGGAAUGAUCCAGACCGGCGAGCAGUACCACUUUGUUCAUCACGCCUUGAGCCUUUACCAGUCCCGGCUCGCCACUGAAAAUGGCCGAUGAACAUCUGUGGCAACAAGAUCUCGGCAGGCGAGGCGGGAACUGACAUUUAGAAAGGACGAGCACGUGGACAUAGAUGGACACGAGAAGAGGGAGGUACAAUUUUGGGAGGAAGUUCAAAGUUUUAGUCUGUGGACGUUGUUAUGUUUGUGUAAACGUCACUCUAGUAACAUGAUAGCAUAGCCCGCUGGGUAUUUAUAGCAUCUAGUGGCUAUCUGGAGUUUCAUUUGAACAUAAAACUGGUGCAGGCAUCUCUUUAAUUGUAAAUUAAUUUAUUUUAGUGAAUAAAAACUUUAUUUUUUUACUCUUUCCACAUGUUUUUAGUGUGCCUAGCAGCUGUUUGACCAAAUUAGCACUUUAAGUUGACGUAUCAAUAAUGUCAAACGGAGAGUGUAACGUUUAAAAAAAUGUUUUUCUUUACUUUCAUCGUACUGUAAUUGUUUGCUUCAAUUCCCAUGGACCUUAUUUAAACGUCUGAGCACGAGAUGGUAACCGUGUACGCGUAUGUUGUUUUUAAAGAUAAUUGACUUGUUGACCCAAACCCAAAUUAAAGUCAAUUAUAAAAACUAA